AUGGCGGCGCGGGGCAGUGACAGCGAGGAGGACCUGGUCAGCUAUGGCACGGGCCUGGAGCCUCUGGAAGAAGGUGAAAGACCAAAGAAACCAGUUCCCCUUCAGGAUCAGAGCGUCAGGGACGAGAAAGGGAGGUAUAAGAGAUUUCAUGGCGCCUUCAGCGGCGGCUUCUCUGCUGGCUACUUCAAUACGGUUGGCUCAAAGGAAGGAUGGACGCCCUCGACCUUCGUGUCUUCACGCCAGAACCGAGCAGACAAGUCCGUUCUCGGGCCUGAGGAUUUCAUGGAUGAAGAGGAUCUCAGUGAAUUUGGAAUAGCACCUAAAGCGAUCGUCACCACAGACGAUUUUGCCUCUAAAACCAAAGAUAGGAUCCGAGAAAAGGCCAGGCAGUUGGCAGCCAGUGCUGCCCCUAUUCCUGGAGCUACGCUGCUUGAUGACCUCAUAUCGCCAGCAAAAUUAUCGGUUGGUUUUGAGCUGCUAAGAAAGAUGGGCUGGAAGGAAGGACAAGGAGUCGGCCCUCGAGUCAAGAGAAGGCCACGCCGGCAGAAACCAGAUCCCGGAGUCAAAAUCUAUGGCUGUGCCUUGCCCCCUGGAGGUUCGGAAGGAUCUGAGGAUGAAGAAGAUGACUACUUGCCCGAUAAUGUGACCUUUGCGCCCAAAGAUGUCAUGCCUGUGGAUUUCACACCCAAAGAUAACGUACACGGACUGGCUUACAAGGGCCUGGAUCCCAACAAGGCGCUGUUUGGAACAGUGGGAGAACAUUUUAAUCUUUUCAGUGGGGUACAUGAGGGGACCAGCGAUCUUCUCGGAGAUGUCAGACUAAGUAAAGGAAGAAAGCUGGGCAUCUCAGGCCAGGCUUUCGGUGUAGGCGCCCUGGAAGAGGAAGACGAUGACAUCUAUGCCCUGGACACCCUGUCAAAGUAUGACACCGUGCUGAAGGAUGAGGAGCCAGGAGACGGGCUGUAUGGCUGGACAGCACCCAAGCAAUACAAAAGUCAGCAAGAAUCAGAAAAAGAUCUUCGCUACGUUGGCAAAAUUCUGGAUGGAUUUUCCUUGUCUUCUAAACCUUUGUCUUCGAAGAAAAUUUACCCACCACCUGCUUUACCAAGAGACUACCGACCGGUACAUUACUUCAGACCUGUGGUGGCCGCAACCUCCGAGAACACGCACCUAGUUCAGGUUCUAUCCGAGUCUUCUGGAAAAGCAAUGCCUGACCCUGGGCCGCACGGCAGGCACCAGCUGAAUGCCUCCAAGCGCGGGGAGUUGCUAGGAGAGACGCCCGUUCAAGGGGCAAGUACCUCAGUAUUAGAGUUUCUGUCCCAAAAAGACAGGGAGAGAAUUAGAGAAAUGAAGCACGCAACCGACCUUAAAGCAGCUCAACUCAAGGCCAGGACCCUGGCCCAGAACGCCUCGAGCAGCCGACUCCAGCCCUCCCCUCAUGACGCCGGACACAGCUCUUGGCGCAUGGCCUUGGGCGGCGGGACAGUCACCCCGAGAGCCAGCAACUUCAAACCUUUCGCCAAAGAUCCAGAAAAACAAAGACGCUAUGAAGAGUUCUUGGUACAGAUGAAACAGGGUCGGAAAGACGCCCUGGAGCGCUGCCUGGAUCCCAGCAUGACCGAGUGGGAGCGAGGCCGUGAGCGGGACGAGUUUGCCCGGGCAGCCCAGCUGUACGUGUCUUCCCACUCGACCUUGUCCUCCAGGUUCACCCACGCCAAGGAGGAGGACGAUUCGGAGCAAGUCGAAGUCCCUCGAGACCAAGAGAACGAUGUGAACGACAAGCAGUCGGCUGUGAAGAUGAAGAUGUUUGGAAAGCUUACCCGAGACACGUUUGAGUGGCAUCCUGACAAGCUGCUGUGUAAGAGGUUUAAUGUCCCUGACCCUUAUCCAGAUUCAACUUUAGUUGGCUUACCAAGGGUGAAGCGUGACAAGUACUCCGUCUUCAACUUCCUGACGCUCCCCGAGACAGCUUCCUUGCCCACAACUCAAGCAUCGAGUGACAAAGUGCCACAGGCAGCCCCCCAGGCCCGAGCUCCUGACAAAUCCCGAAAGCCGUCCAGGUGGGAUACGUCCAAACAGGAAAAGAAGGAAGAUUCCAUUGGUGAAUUCUUAAGUUUGGCCAGAUCCAAAGCUGGACCACCGAAACAAGAGUCCAGUCCCUCCGUGAAAAGAGAGGAAGAGAAGGCUCCUGAAUCUCCCCCAAAUAAGACGGAGAACAAAGCUGCCCACGACGCGCAGCCUGAGCAGGAGGAAAGCCGCCCGCCCAUGGACCUGUUCAAGGCCAUCUUUGCCAGCUCCUCAGACGAAAAGUCCUCGUCCUCUGAGGAAGAGCAAGGCGACAGCGAAGAUGAUGAGGAGGGCAGUCCGGAGGCCGACGGCAAAGGUUCCCAGGAGACGCACUUGGCGGAAGCAUCCGCUGUAGCACCGACCAGCGAGCCGGUGCCGCGCAAGCCCGUGCCUCCCUUCCCGAUACAGAAGAUGCAAAUUGAUGAGAGAGAAGAAUUCGGCCCGCGCCUGCCUCCCGUCUUCUGCCCUAAUGCUCGACAGACACUCGAGGCCCCUCCGAAAGAGAAGCACAAGAAGAACAAACACAAGGCUAAGAAGGAGCACAGACGGAAACGAGAGAAGAAAAAGAAGCACAAGAAACACAAACACAAGGGCAAGCAAAAAAGUAAAAAAUCAGAGAGAAGCAGUAGUUCUGAGAGUUCCGACAGCAGUGACGGCUCGAGCGAUGAAGAAAGAGCCACAGACCUGUCACCCCAGGAACUGCUGAGGCGGCUGAAAAGCCUCCCCCUGAGGCGGCUCUGAUGGAGUUCCAGCCCUGGCCGGUCCCCGGAAGCCCGCUGACUGUUCGGUUUAUGCCAUUGUACAGAUUGUAUUUAUAUGUAAAUUCCUGCUGUAAAAUAAGUUUUUUUUUUUUUCAAACCGUGACAUUUCAAAGGCUGCCUUGAGAGAUUGUAGAAAUUGAUUUCUAUUUUUAACUUAAGUGUCAGAGGAGAAAGACUCAGCCUGAACAGUUUAAUUAAAGUGGAAUUUUUCUA